AUACAAAAUUACUGCCUGGCGAGUGUAUGAAAACAUUGCUGCUUAAGUAAAUGAACUGAAUUGAAUACAUUUUAUGGGAAGUUCAGUUGCAUCUGCUGUUUGGACAUGUUGCUCCUAAUAAUUUUGAAUAUCUUACUUUGCAGUAACUUUUCUGUGGCACAGUUGGUAGAGUGUUAUACAACAUUCCUAGAGGAUAAAGGAGAAUGUAAGGACAUUAUUGGGAAUGAAAUACAACAAUCUGACUGCUGUCUAAACCCUAAAUAUGGUUUCAGAGGACAGGAUGGCAAAUGCAACUCAUGCAGGAAGGCUCAGUGGGGACUCUGGUCCCCUUGGAGUGCCUGUUCUGUAUCCUGUCGUGAAGGUGUAAAAAUCAGAUGGAGAGCAUGUUAUGGCAUAGGACGCUGCAAAGAUGCUUCACAGACUCUGCAGACUAUGUCAUGCAAGGAUCAAGAAUGUUGUCCAGGGAAUGGAGGAUGGGCGACAUGGGGUCCCUGGCAACCUUGCUCUGUGACAUGCGAGUCAGGAGUGAGAAAAAGAGAGCGGAGCUGCACAAAUCCAUCUCCUUUUUGUGGUGGUCACUGUAUUGGAAGCAACACUGAGACUGAAAUAUGUGAUACUUUACUUAUCUGCCCAACUCAUGGUUCAUGGGCAUCCUGGGAAGCCUGGGGACCCUGUUCUGGUAUAUGUAAGGUAGAAGAAAAUAUACCAUUCCAGCAGCGAACCCGAAGAUGCUCAAAUCCUCCUCCUUCCAUAAAUCCUCGAGGGAAUGACUGUCCUGGCACACCUACUGAAAGACAGGAUUGCACGCAUCUACCACUCUGCCCAGUUCACGGAUCUUGGAGUGAGUGGGUUACUGUAAGUGAAUGCCCUGUAACAUGUGGACUUGGGCUACAGUUGCAGAAAAGAGAAUGCAACAAUCCAGCACCAAAACACAAUGGUCAACAGUGCCCUGGGGAGAACUCUAGGAAAACAGUCUGCAACACCAACGUGCACUGCCCUGUUGAUGGUCGUUGGACUGAAUGGGAAGAGUGGUCUGAAUGCAAGAGACAUGGAAGAAGAAAUAUUUCUUGUUCUGCCGUUGCUGGCAUGCAGUCUCGUACUCGAUCAUGUGUUGGCAGAGAGUUUGAGGGUAACUUCUGUGAUGGAGACUCAUCUGAUAAUCGAGGAUGUUAUAAUAUAGAAGGCUGUUCAAUGAAAGGAAAAUGGUCAGAAUGGAGUAACUGGGGGUUCUGUGAGCCUCCAUGUGGAGCAGGAUCAACAAAAACAAGAUCCAGGCACUGCACACCCAUAUAUCCUGCAUACCCGGAAUUUGUUGGACAACAUAAAAACCUAAAAGCCUUUUUCUGGGGAGAAUCUUACCAAUCAUGCCCUCCCAUUCCACCCGAUAAUAGUAAUGAUGAAAUAAUAGAAACGGCACAGUGCCAAGAAGUGCCCAGCUGUGAAAGUGUUAUGCGCUUGAGAACAUGAAAUGCAUUGAAAUAUUGAGAGCAGCUUUGAAUAUGCAUUUCUUUAAAGGACCAUAUUUUUUAUUUUUUAAGCAUUGUUAUCAUUACUAGUUUUGAGUAUACCUAAUUUAUAACUACAUUGAUUGAACAAAAUUUUUCAGUCAUUAUGGCUAUAUGUAAUAUAAUUAUUCAGUGAUGUGUAUCCUAUUAUGUUCAUUUUUAUAUAUGAUCUGAAUUAGGUUUUAAAAUCCAACAAUGCAAAAUCAUUUCUGUAUACAGUUUUGCAGAAAUUAAGUAAAGUGUGUCUUUAAGAACAUAAUAUUGGGAUUUGUAAAGACUUGCUGCCUUUUGUUCACUUGAUUAUAGCAACCACGUAUGUGACUAUCUUGAGUGGAUGUGCAGUUGGUAUCUUUGACUCUUUAAAAUGCAGAUUACCUGUUAAGGAGGAAAUUGAUAAUUAUUGUUCUGUUUCAUGUUACUGUAAUUUUUGCUAAAUCACCAAAGUGGUGUUCAACCACCCGUUAUGUAAUAUUAUAGAAAUUUACAUUAUUAGUGUUUUUAGAUUUUUUUGUUGUUAUUUUUUUAGCAUGAAUUAAAACGUUUUUCAUAUUUUUAUUAUUAGCAUUUCUUGUGGACUGCUUUAAUGUGUGUUUGUAGAAAUUGUUAGCCAAUUCAAAUGAAUGACUUUGGUGGAAGAAUUUUAAAAUGACAUUGUUUACAAAAGAAUGACGAUCAGAAAAAAAUACUAUAAGAAUCUUGUAUUUAAUACUAAGAACACAGGCUCAUCGCUUCUGUUUAGAUUUACGUACUUAUUUUCACAUGCUACACUGAAUUUUUUGAAAUCAGAGGUUUAUCUUUUCAUUGAGGACCCCAAACAUAAUAUAAAACUAGUAUAGAAUUAAUAUUUUUAAAUGAUCACAGUUUUUUAUCGGUUUGUGUCAAUGUCUGAAAUUGUUAAAAUGUAAUUAUUACCAACAACAAUAAAUAUUUGCUGAUUAUUUCCA